AUGCUCUACACAAAUUCUAUCGAUAUUGAUGUCAAUAGGGGUUUAUGCAUUCAUUCAAUUUCGCAGCUUGUUGAUAUUACAUUGCAAUCACUUCUCUAUCAACGACAAAUCAUUCCAGAACCAGUUUUAACUCUUUCAAAAGGUGAUUCUUAUAUAUCUCAACAAUUUAGAAAUGUUUAUGAAAAGGUUACUCAAAUUUUACAAAAAACUUUUCGUUCACCAAAUGCCAAACUUAUAAGCGAAUUUAUUAUUUUAUUGGGAAGUGCUCCUUAUUCACCUAAAGAAAUAUAUAGAAUUAAAUGUAGAAAUGAUGAGCAUGAAAUAGAGAAGAUUGAUAUUCAAGAAAAUAAUGGAGAGAAGAAAGAGGAAGUCAAUUGUUGUGAGGAGUUGUCGGCAAAAGAGAAAAGGCUAAUAUUUUCUGCUAUAGCUUUGAGCAAAACAGCUGUGGAACAUUUUGAAAAUUGUCCAAUACCAGGAAAAACUGACAAAGUUUUUAUGUUUAUCAAAACAACAGAUAAAUUGCAAACUUGGGCAGACGGAUUAAAUGAAGAUUUGAGUUUUAAAUUGCCUGAAAAUAUUCCAAGGAAACGACAAAUUCGUCAAUUAAGAAUAAAAGUAAAAUCACCAUAUAACAAAGAAAUAAAAGAAAAUGAAAAAGAGGAAAUAGAUGAGAAUUUAAUAAGUUAUUGGUACAGAAUUGAGCCUUUUUUUACUAAUUUAAGUUGA